ACUCCGACUCAUACAGGAGGAGUAAAUGUGGAAGCUCAGCGAAGACUGGAGUCCCGACUGAAGCAUCAAAGAUUAAGUGCACAGGAGAGAAAGCAUCCAUACAACAGAAGUCGCGGCAGGGACAGCAGCAGACAGACGCCGAGAUUCAAAGACGAACCACAGACUCCAGUGUUCGACACAAAGGAUUCUGUGUUUAAAAGUAAUUGGGACGAUGACGAGGAUGGGGAACCUCGGAAGUCGAGCUGG